GCCACUUAAAUUGUCCGGCAAUUUAAACGUUACUCUUUUUGUUUUGUGUAUCGAGAAUUUCUUUCUUUUGCUCAUUUUUCAGAUUCCAUGUGUAUUACAUGCAUGUCUCUUUCCUUUUGACCCCUUGCCUUUCAACAACACGAGGUAAGGGCAUCCUCGCAAAGUCGAGCACACAGAGUCUUGUAUCAAUCUUCUGCCAAGUAUGAACAGCAGGGAUAACAAAGUGUCUUUGUCGGAGCCUGAAUCGUAGAGUCAUGCAUUCCCUAUUCCGGUCGUGGAGCACCUACUGGCUGCCACUCUUCUCAAAAAGCAUGCAUGCUUGGCUCAAGAGGUGGGGGAGGGGUAUUGGUGGGCUACACAUGUGCGAGCAUCUAGAUUCACAAGAGAAAGAAAUUGUGUUUCAUGAUUGGAUAGUAGGCCAAAACCUACCUUCAUUGUGUUAAAGGGCAAGAGAUAGAUAAAGCAAACAAGAGCAACAGAUUCUUUUUAUAAAGUGAUGCCAGCGAAACCACGUUGGCAAUUUA